CGUCAGCCUAUGACACGGGGGGGGGGGGUGGGGGGAGGCCUAUGGAGCACGAAAUUUGGAGAGCGUGAGUUGCGGGAAAGAGAGAGAGAGCGAGAGAGAGAGGGAGAGAGAGAUAGAGAGAGAGAGAGAGAGAGAGAGAGAGAGAGAGAGAGAGAGAGAGAGAGAGAGAGAGAGAGAGAGAGAGAGAAAGAGAGAAACCUGGUAUACUACCGGCGGAAGUGCGGCGCUAGGGAGGAAAACUAACCUAGCUCUAUACCAUCUCA